CGCCUGUUGCCGAACUUGGAUAUAUGCAAGAUAUAUGCAGCAUGCUUGCUACGUCACUUGAAGAGGUAGGGUUGCUCCCACAGUUCUCGAACAAUAUUCAACGUUGUCUAAUCAAGACAAUGAUAUAAAUACCCCCUUCCAUCUCCUCAUCGAUUUUCGUUCAAACGGGCCGGAUUUUUGUCAAUUGUAUCUUCGACAGAAAUUCAAUACUAAACUUUUCAAUCCGGAACCCUUACAUAUUACGAACGCGCAAUGAUCAGAGCCACCCUUUUACGCAGAGCUGUCACCGUGAGAAUUGUUUCUCAACCUUCUCGCCGUUGUCUCUCGGCUUCGUUGGUUACUUCUAAGAGUAUUUUUGCCCAAGCCAAGGCUAAGUUGGAAGAGCUCAAUAGAUCGGCUGCUGAUGUUGCCGUUGACGGUAUCCAAGCCACUGAAAACGUCACCGACAAGAUCAAGGACACUGUGAUCGAUUCCGCUAUUCCAACAUCAGCCAAGGAAUUGAAGGAUGCCGCCCAUAAGGCUUCUAAGAUUGCCUCCCAUUUGGCCUCCGAAGGCCUUGAAGCUUCCCAAAAGCUCGCUGAGAAGGCUAAGGUAAAGAUGGAAGAAACCGACUUUUCUUCCAGAGCCGAAGAGUUAAAGGAAGCUGCCGGUACUGCUGCCGGUAAGAUAAGUGAAGCUGCAUCUGCUGCCAAGGAGAAGUUAGAAAACUCUGACAUUCCAACCACCAAGGAAGAAUUGAAGAAAGCUGCAUCUGAUGCUGCUGAUAAGGCCAAGACUGUUGCUAGGGAUAUCGAGGAGAACGUUAAAGAAGCUAAGGAAGCCGCUUCUGAAAAGGUUGAAGAGGCUACUGAAAAGACAAAGGACGCUGCUUCCAGAGCUACGUCCGAGGCCAAGGAGCUCAAGAAAGAUGUCGCUGAAAAGACUGCGGAAGCAAAAGAAGCAGCUUCUGAAAAGGCCGAAGAGGUCUCUGACAAGGCUGAGAAGGCCACCAAGAAGGCUGGGUCCAAGGCUGACGAGAUAAAGAAGGAUGUUACUGACAAGGCCGAAAAGGCCAAGAAAGGUGUUGCCGACAAGGCCGAAAAGGCUGCCGAUUCUAUCAAGAAAGUCGCCAAGGACGUUGAGAGAAAGACAAAAUGAUCGUACAAUGCCUUCAGAUGACCAGAUCUUUCAGUAGUGCUACUCUAUAUCGCCCACAAAAUAUAGAUAAUUUCGCUUUAAGCUUGGCCAAUUGCUAAAUUUCUGGGAGUUACGUUGUCCAGUUAAUUAAUUCUCACUAUCAUAUCUAUUCUAAUACAUCUUUUGUGCGC